AUGGGUUGGAUACACAAAACGAACCAGAAGAUUGCCGCCAGCAAGGUUGGCUGGUGGUUUAGGCUGGAUGGGUCCGGUCAUCCGAAAGCGAGGAAGGACUCCUUCUUCUUUACCGAGAUCCGCGCCGGCCUGGCAACCUUCUUCGCCAUGGCCUACAUUAUCGCCGUGAACGCCAGCAUCGUCGCGGAUAGCGGUGGUAGUUGUGUGUGCCCUCCGGGACCUCAAGCUGUCUGCGAUGCCGACCAGGAUUAUGCCCUGUGCAAAUCCGAGGUCAAGCGGGAUCUUGUCACUGCCACGGCUGCCAUCUCUGCCUUUGGGAGUUUCUUCAUGGGACUGCUCUCCAAUCUGCCCGUCGCCAUUGCACCUGGUAUGGGCUUGAACGCCUAUCUCGCCUAUACCGUCGUCGGGUUUAACGGCAGCAAGUCGGUCCCGUACGAGGUGGCUCUGACGUCCAUCUUCGUCGAAGGCUGGAUCUUUUUCGGCCUUGCCAUCCUCGGAAUGCGACAGUGGCUUGCGCGCGCCAUCCCAAAGUCCAUCAAGCUGGCUACCAGUGUCGGUAUCGGCCUCUUCUUGACCCUCAUCGGCUUGACGUACUCUGAAGGCAUCGGUCUUGUCCAAGGCGCCACAGCUACGCCAAUGGAGCUCGCCGGUUGCCCUAAGGAUAAGAUGGACUUGGAAACUGGGCUAUGCAUCGACGCCUACAAGAUGCGCAACCCAGUCAUGUGGAUCGGCAUCUUCUGCGGUGGCAUCUUCACCUCGGUCCUUAUGAUGUACAGGGUCAAGGGUGCCAUCAUUUUCGGAAUCAUCCUCGUCUCCAUCAUUUCGUGGCCCCGGCCGACGCCCGUUACCUACUUUCCGUACACCGAACUCGGCGAUGCCAACUUCGACUUUUUCAGGAAGGUCGUCGAUUUCCAUCAGAUUAAGCGCACCCUCAACGUCCAGUCGUGGAGUAUCGGCGAGUAUGGCGGCCAGUUUGGGCUUGCGCUGGUCACCUUCCUCUAUGUUGACAUCCUAGACACGACGGGGACUCUGUACUCCAUGGCGCAGUAUGCCAACCUCAUUGAUCCAGUCACCCAAGACUUUGAGGGAUCUAGCGUUGCUUAUAUGGUCGACUCCAUCACCAUCUCCAUCGGCGCGCUGCUCGGCACCCCGCCCGUCACGGCCUUUGUCGAGUCCGGCGCAGGCAUUGGAGAGGGCGGCAAGACGGGGCUGACGGCCAUGGUCACGGGCAUCUGCUUCUUCAUCGCCAUCUUCUUCGCGCCCAUCUUCGCGUCGAUCCCGCCGUGGGCUACUGGCUGCGUGCUGAUCCUGGUCGGGUCCAUGAUGGUGCAGUCCGUGACCAAGAUCAACUGGAAGUACAUGGGCGACUCGAUCCCGGCCUUCCUGACCAUUGCCAUCAUGCCCUUCACCUACUCCAUCGCCGACGGCCUGAUUGCGGGCGUGUGCACCUACAUCCUACUCAACACGACCGUGUGGCUGAUCGAGCUUGCGUCGGGCGGCCGCAUCGUGCCGCCCAACAAGGCCGACAAGGAGCCGUGGACGUGGCGCAUUCCGGGCGGCUUCCUGCCGCCGUGGGUUGUGCGUCUCUCGCGUGGCAAGAAGGACUUUUGGAGGGAGGAUCCCAUCUCGAGCUCCGAGGGUGAGCCUGAAGUCGAGGCCGUGAACGAGAAGCUGGAGCGCAAGGCCUCGGGGUCCGACAAUGCCGAGAUGGCCAAGCUGUCGCAGGAGAAGGGCGAUGAGAAGAUUGUUUAG